AUGCGAGCGGUAAUCCUUUUCUGGGCGCUCCUCAUCCUGCUGUGCCAGUCUGGGGCAUUGGCCAGUCAGGGAAACAUCUACCAAGGCCUCUGGGGAGGUCUCUUUGCCAAGCAGGCCAGGGCCAACCGCACCGGCCUCUUCAGCAGCCUCCAGUCGGCGGUGGAGGGGUGGAGGGAGAGCGCCAGCGAGGCCCAGGCCUCGCUGGCGGCCCACCUCAACGACCGCGACGGCCGGAAGCGCUCCGACGGCCUGUUCUGGCCCCUGAACGCCACGCUGGGCCUGGUGCAGGGUGGCGAGGCUGCGGGUCCGCAGGCCGAGCCGCGGGCGGGGCUGGACUCGCUGUACCACCACGUGGCCUCCGACCUCGCCAGGCUGGACCCCAAGGUGCUAGCGGCCGCGGCUGCGCUGCAGGGCUGGGCCCUGGCCUCGCUGCUGAAGAAGAAGGAGGGCGUGACCAGCGGCCUGCAGCGCCUGCGCUACCCGCUCCCCCUCCCCGACCCGCAGUGGCCGGCCUUUGACCCUGCCCUCUGCCUGCGCCUGCAGAACUUCGGGGGCGGGGAGGGGUACCGCUCGGUCUACUUUGCGCAGGCGGCCUGCGACCCCGACACCUCCCUGUCAGCCGAGGGCCUCCUCUGGGGCGGCGCCGCCGCUUUUGGCCUGGACUGCACCCUGCACGGCAGCGAGGGGGAGGGCGGCGAGGGCGCCGGGAGCCCCCCCGCGCCGGAGCAGACCUGGCUCGGCUCCGUGGUGUCCUCCCUCCACCACACCCGGGCAUGCACCCUGGCGGUGGCCACCGAGGCGGGGGAGGGCAGCAUGCUCACGCAGUCCGCGCCGCUGCCGGCGCUGGGCGGGCCGGAGAUUAAUGCCAUGAGCCUGAGGCUCUGCAACACUGCACUGGGCAGGGGAGGGGAGGGCGCCCAGCCCGCCGCGGCCGCCGACUUCCUGCUGCGCCGGCUGAAGCUGAAUGGGCGGCCGCUGCUGCCGCCAGAGGGCAUGCCGGCCCCCUCCGUGCCGCUCGCCGCCGGCUGCGCCAGCCAGCUGUACCACGUCAGCCCCCGCGCGCUGAGCGCGGGUUUCUCGUUGGACGGCGCGCUGGAGCUGGGCUCGGGGCCGCCGGUCCCGGGCACAGGCGUUGGCGCCCACGCAUCGCUGGAGAUCGCGCUGGGGAACUACGGCCUGGUGUCGGCCGCUGCCUCCUACCUCAGGGGGGGCGGCGGCGCCGGCGCCAACGGCGGUCCCUCCGACGACACGGCAUUGUGA